GCGUCACCUUCCCAUAUGUUCUAUAGUUUUCAUUCUAUUAAAAAUUUCAAUGAAUCAGUUGCCAUGGAAUUCAUGACAAGAUUCAUAAUGAAGUUUAUGAUUAUGAUGGAGUAUAUAGAACUAAGGGUUUGUUUGAUAAAUCCGCCAAGCUUAAUGAUUUUAUCCUCCAAACAGGAGAAGUCGAUCCAACCAUACCUGCUAAACAUGAUCUUCCUACCUGUGAUCUUUUGGGUGUUUGAUAACUUGUACAGCAAUGAGAUAACCUCUGUUGCUGUUGCUGUGAAUGCCAUUCGAGCUGGGUCGGAUCCUGAAGCCACAGCUCAAAAGAUUGCAGCUUUUGCAAGACAGAGUGGAGAUGAUAAGAUGAGAUCAACCCCAUUCUCAACAGCUGCCCAAAAAGCUGGUUUUCGUUAUUCUGUGCGUGUAUGAUUGAUGAAUGUAAUUGUAAAUCUUAAUGAAAUAAAAAAAAAGUUGAACGGUGCUUAUUGAGUUUUUUUAUGAUUUGAAUUGCUAUUAGAUAUCUAAAUUAAAUUUAUAAGUAUUUAUUUAGACCAAUUAUCAACUUUGUACUAUGUAUUGUCUAAAGUUAAUCCAAGACAAAUAAUAAAAAGUAUG